AAGAUGGUCAAGUAGUUGGGACAUUUGCCCUGACUGCAGCAAAGAGUCUGAAAGCUGCUUGUACAACUCUAAUUGAACUUUUGGGAAUGAGUGCUGUCGAAAACACCGGGACACCACAAUCAUCAAGUGUACAUACUCUUUUACUUUCUGGCAUAUUUUUGGGCGGUGUGGAAGUUCUUGCCAAAAGUCGUAUGACAUUUUCUCCCAGCAGUGGUGUUACAAUGGAGUUAUCUGUUCGAUCCUCCAGCCAGGAAACUAGCCGUAUUGUUAUUAGUGCCGUUGUAUAG